CGCCAUAAAGUUGAUUGUUGUGAUGGUUAAGAUUGCUAGUGGGUUUAAGGGAAUUUUAAGGGAAAGAAAGCUGACAACGAAUCAGAGAUCAGUGCAACAUGUUUUACAAUUACCAGUUACUGUGUUAUGCCAAGAAGGGGAAAUUCUCUGUCAUAUGGCUUGCAGGAAACCAUAAAAAACUGUCUCAGAAACAGAUUAUGAGUGUGAAUAUUGAAGUAUCAUGUGUGGAAAUUAUACAAACAGUGAAGACAUCUAGUAGAAACAAAAAUAAACGUUUUUCCUUAUAUUUGUCAUCAGUUCUCAUGAAUGGCUUGUGCAUAAUAAAGAACAGACAAUGUGAACUGCUCCUUGACCAAGUGAAGGACUGGUUUAUGUUUCAAGUGGCUGCAAAAACAUUGCAUGAAGACUUGUCUGUUCGUUGGACUGUUAGUAGGGAUAAGAGGCGGACCAAACGGAAGAAGAGAGAAAUUGAGGAAGUAAGUGCGGACUUCGUAGCACAAGCACUUCUUGAACUACAGUCUUAUCCUUCUCUAUCUCCGUCACACUAUCCUCAGCAAGUGGAACCAGAAAUAUCACUACAGCCAGAACGAACGCCAAUAGUACCAACAGCACAGACCCAGGAAAAGGCUAUAUUAAUGAGCCUUGUGCAUGAAGAUGAUGAUGAAAUUAUACAGAAAUUAGACAAAAUAUUUGCCCAGCAAGAAGCUACAGAAGAGGAACAGAGAUUACCAGUUGGCGAAGGCUUGCUUGUUCCACGUGAAACAGAUACUGCAGCAGACCUAGAAGCCCAGGGAUUGCCAAGAAGGACAACAGAUGAGGCACUGAGUAUGGAAGUUGUUCGGCACACGGAAACACCACCAGCAGUAGCAAUAUUUACUGAUGUGCAGCAGCCAUUAAUGACAGAAGAUCAGAGGUCUUCUUCCAUAUCAUUAGUUCAGCCACCAGCACCACUUCUACAAAUACCUGAAGCCGAAGAACAUUUAGCCAUCCAGUCUCUUGAAGAAUCAGUUCCAGCACCAGCUGAUGUUGCCCUUGCUCAUAGACCUGAAGAUGUAGAUGUUACUCGGCCAAGAAAAAGAAUGAAGCGUUCCUUGCCAAGAGAAAGAGUGAUGCAUCACGUACCAAUUAUAGACAGACGAACAGAAUUGACUUUUACAAGACAGAAUCUGUAUGUAGAUGUGCACAAAGAGUAUGAGGAUGUUUUCAGCAGCCUCAUGGAGCUUCUUCCUCCUAUGGAAGAGCCUGUCAAGAAUUUUUUACCUCUUAGUCAAGAUGAAAUGAUGCGAGGAUCAUCAGAUACCCUUGAAAGAUUUCAGCAGUCUAUAGGUCGGAGAUCUUCGGAAGAAAGAUCCAGAAGAAAGAUGAGUGGAGAAGGUGAGAAGCAGAUGGUCCCUGCAUCAGAGCUCUAUCAUAUUAGUGAGGAAGCUGCUGUUCUUCCAGAAUCUGCCGUUAUGCAGGAAAGCUUGAUACCAGAACCUCCAAGGGAAGAAAAAUCACUUCAGGUGCCAAUCACCUAUGAUGAACCAGUCCCAGGUGCAGCAAAACCAGAUGACGCAGAUGUGAGACCUACGAGGGAUGCACAGGAAGAAAAAGCUGAGAGUAUGGAAGUGCAGGCUGUUGUUGAUGUACCACGAUUUACAGAAAGAUCUGGACAAUCGACAAAGCAUCACUUUAGAGCAAGAUAACAGCACAGACUUUGCACCUAUUUACAUUACACCGACUGGUGAAUUAUAAUGCCACUGAACUGAAUGAACAUGUCAUUUGCAUGAUCCAUCUCAUAAAGAUUUACAUUGUAUACAAUAUGUGUGAGAAUUGAAUUUGUUUUUAGUCACAGUGAAGAUUAU